CAUCGAUUCUACAUCUCCAUAUAUCACCCGUCUUUGAAACUGCGCGGCUACUCGUUUCGUCUAGCAGAGCCUUUAAUCUUGUCGCCGUAGCCUGUUGCAACUUGCAAGUCACACUAGCUCACGGAAGCGCCGCACGAGCACAGCCACUUGGUUCUUAGCCUCCUCAGUCCUGUUCCUGCUUUCCCCAACCCCCUCGCUGCUUGCGCUCAAGACAAGGUCCCACCCACCGCGCAACCUCGCACCCCAAUCGCACGCCUAUCCUUACGCCGCCAUGGGCAAAUACACAUUCACAUGGGAACACGACGCCGACGACGUUUACGUGACCGGCACCUUCGAUGACUGGAAGAAAACGGUCCAGCUAGAAAAGGAGGGCAGCGUCUUCAAGAAGACCGUCGAGCUUCCCCAGACCAAGACACAAUUCAAGUAUGUCGUCAACGGCAACUGGUGUAUCAACGAGAGUGCACCCAAAGAGGACGACGGCAAUGGCAUUGUCAACAACAUCCUGCUGCCUGCGGACAUCGUAGAGGAGCCAGCGCACACACUCUCCUCCGCCGCGCCGCAGUCGUCCACAGCAGCGCUCGCCGGCGCCGUUCCCAAGGAGAAGGAUCUUGAGAAGAGCAAAUCUAAUGACUCCAUCCCCGGCGCGUUCCCCAUGACGCCCACACCCAGCACCGAGCAGCGCCAGUUCAUCAACCCCAUUCCUGCUACUGCAGGUCUGGGCAACCCAAUCAAGCUUGCGCCUGAGGAGCACGUCCCUGCUGCAAGCACAUUGACCGGCAACACGGUAAACUCCACAGUCAACCUCAAGGGCGAGCCUGAGGAGGAUGAGAAUGCUACGGUCAGCGCUGCGCCUAUUCCCGCAACUGCUGGCGCUGGCAACCCUAUCCACCUUGCCCCCGGCGAGAAGGUCCCCCACCCUAGCACUUUGACCUCCAACACCAUCAGCAGCACCGCCAAGACUGACGAAGCCUCGUACCACAAGUCGGACUCGCAGGCGCCUCAACUUCCUCCUGUCGCCAUCACCCCCCAGGCCGAAAGGUCAGGCGGCAUGUUCAACCUGCCGGUCCAGACUGGUUCCCUAGUCCCAGAGUCUAGCCUGCCAAUGGGUGUGGAUGCGAAGAUUGAGAAGGACACUGGUGUCCACAUCCAGUCUGCUGCUCCUUUGAGCUCCACCGCUGCUCUUGCUGGCCAGGUCCCCAAGGAGCCCAGGGGCGUACCCGAGGUUGUGACCGAGAGUCAGAAGGAGGCUGGCUUCGCUCCUGAGGCCGCUGCCAACUCCGAGGCUGUCCUUGACAAGAAGGAGGUUGAGCAGGAGCUCAAAGAGACUGUUCCUGUCAAGACCGAUGCCGAGAACGACCACGCCCCUACCAUCGAGGCCGACAAGUCUAUUAGUAUCGGCGAGAGCGUUGGCGCAGCCGCCGGCGGUGUUGCCGCUGCUGCGACCGUAGGUGCCGGCCUGUUCGCUGGCGCGAUUUACGCCGCCAAGGAAAAGACCGCAGAGGCUGUCGGUCUCGACAAGGACGCCACUAUCGGCCAGACCGCUUCUGCUGUUGGAGCCACUGCCGUCGAUUCUGUUGGUCUUGACAGCUCCAAGACUGCGACAGACAAUGUCUACCUCGCAAAGGACAAGACCUUUGACGCUGUUGGCCUUGAUAAGAAUGCUACUGCGACCGACAACGCUUAUCUUGCGAAGGAUAAGACACUCGAUGCCGCCGGCCUCGACAAGAACGCCACCGCGACCGAAAACGCCAUCCUUGCUAAAGACAAGACCGCUCAGGCGACCGGUUUGGACAAGGCCGCCGACAACGCGUAUGCUGCCAAGGACAAGGCUGUUGCAGCCGUUGGUCUGGACAACUCCGCUUCGGCAACCGAGAACGCGCAGCUCGCGAAGGACAAGACUUUUGGCGCUGCUGGUCUCAACGGCUCGACCAUUGGCUCCAGCGCUGCAGGUGACGUUCCCGUUGUCGUCGCCGAGAGCCAGAAGGAGGCCCAUGCCAGUCCCGAGGCCGCCGCGAACCCUGAGGCUGUCAGCGAGAAAUCGAAGCUUGAGCAGGAACUUCUGAGCUCAGUGCCCAAGUCGCAAGACCACGGCGAGCCUGCGCCUUCGGUCGCUAUCCCCGCCCUUGUCUCCGACAGCCAGCGCGAGGCCCACGUAAGCCCCGAGGCUGCUGCGAACCCCCUCGCUGUUCACGACAAGAAGGAGUUCGAGUCUGAGCUGCUCAAGUCUGUUUCCAAGACUGACGAGUCUGGUGAGCAUGCUCCCGUGAUUGCUGCCGCUGCCGCCGUAACAGGGGCCGCAGCUCUGGUAGGAGGCGCUGCCUACGCCGCCACAUCUGGCCACAAGACCGAGCUUCCGGAUCGUUCUGUUCCUUCAGUCGUUGCUGAGAGCCAGAAGGAGGCCCAUGCUGCUCCUGAGGCUGCUGCUAACGCCGAGGCUGUUGCUGAGAAGAAGGAACUUGAGUCUGAGCUAUUGAGCCAGGUCAAGAAGACCAACGAGUGUGGCGAGCCUGCUCCUACUCUUUCGGCUGCUACCGCCACUACUGCUCCUGGCGCCAGCACAUCUGCUCCCAAGCUGUCUGAGAACUCCUACCCGCUUUCGACCGACUACAAGCCGGCUACGCAGGAGGAGAUCAACCGCGCUCUUUCUAGCACCACCGAUACACCCUCCACAACUGCUACCGGUGGUCUGAACGCCCCUGCUUCCCAACCUGCUCAGACAGAGGCUACCAAGGCUGCUACCAUGCCCGCCACGGUCGUUACUGCUGUUGCAUCUACCACGUCGACUGAGCCUACCACCUCUUCCAAGGCUGUCGAGCCCGCUGUCUCCAGCACAACCGACACAACAUCCGCAUCGAAGAACGAAGGCCUUAACGCUCCUGCUGCUUCCGCUGCUCAGACUGAUGCCACUAAGGCGGCUGCUGAGCUGGCCAAGGACGACAAGGAGGGUAUCUUCAAGACUACCACACUCGAGCAGAAGCAGCCAACCGUCACCACUGGCACUGAGACUGGCACAACCGGCACUACCAGCCAGGGCCUGACCGCGCCCGAGACACCUCAGAAGGACCGUAAGGACUCCGACGUCUCCCCGAAGGGUACCCCAGGCAGCCAGAGCCUUGCAUCCAAUUCUGCCACCACCGACAAGAAGAGCAAGAGGCGAUCGUUCUUCGGCAAGCUCAAGGACAAGUUCUCCAGCAAGAACUAAGCUGGCUGUGAUUCUUCUCGUACAUUGAAGGUCUUUGCAAGUGACCUUGGUGCUCGUUGAUAUACCCGAGGGUUCGGAUGCCGUGCGGCUCUGCCUUUCUCUGUCUAUUGUUCGUCAUACGGAGUUGGCUCUGUUUGGUCUAUACCAUUUCUGCUUCUCUGUUUGACAUGUUCUGCUCCAAUUUGUACUCGAGCUUUGGUUUCGCCUGUGUAUGCGCGUUCACGAUGCAUUUAGGCUGCAUGUGGAGGGGAGCUACGAUGGGGAUUUCCAGUACUUAAUUCGCUAAUGUAGAUGCAUUAGAUCUGUUUUACAAUGAUUGUCUUGCGUUCUAGAUAUCUGUUCAGUCGUUUCUACUUCGUGACCAACUUUUGGUGUUGCUAUGGAAAUUCGCUCCACUACAUGCUGGGCCAACCCUGUCGGUUAGUCUUCCUCAUAACACGACAGUGCCCAACUUCAUCACACAUCG